AGAAAGUCCUAAAACCGGGAUUGUUUGAAGAAGCUUCUUCAUCGUGGCCUUCAAUUUCAAAUUGGAAGCCUCUAGAAGAAGUCUGGGGUCACAAUGACAGACUUGGCGCCGAAAGUACUAUUGUUCAUCGCAUUCCUUUACGUUUACAUAGGUGGAAUAAGAGGAAGGCCAAACAUUUUGGAAGAUACGGCAAGAGGGGAAAAUCAAAAAACAUUUGAAGAAAGCGAUUUGUUAAAAAGAUCUAAGGCCAAAAGUGGCGGACAAGGCAAAGGUAACAGCUAUAUGAUUGUAUAUCGCCCAGUGCAAUGUGAAAAUAUAUAUAUAUAUAUCUCGUCCCGUGAUUUAAUUCAAAAAAAGUUUGUUUGUCUCAGGUAUAUCACAAUGACAAAAAGGAGCAUCUGUCGCAGUAGGUUACUCCAUUUGGGAUAAAAUAUUGCCAUUUUACUAAUAUAGUGAAAUUCACCUUGACCAAAUAAUAACAAUGAUAAUAACGAUAUUAUAAUUUAUUUUGGUCUCUUAAAGAUUUUAUCUCAUUCGAGAUUUCAUUUGGAGUAGGGUGCGGUGCAAAAACAUAUCUACUCCACUUAGUCCCUAUUUGUAAUUGAAGACAAUUUUUCCUCUGGGCGAUAAAUAUUGCUGGCUUUCAAGCUACUUCAAACUUAAGUUUUUUAAUCCAAGAUUAAUGACAACUUAAGCCAUGAGCGAUGCUGUAAAACUAUCGCGGUAAAGCAGUUGUAUUCGCAAGCCUAGCUAUGGGAAAUGCAGUACUAAAAUAAACUACGGAUCACCCGAACUUCUCGUAGAAGACAGUGCUAACGAAAACAAAACAAAUAGAAACGCAAUUUCUUUUAACUUGGAAGUAUCUUUGACAAGCCAAAGACAAUCACACAAGCUAAAAGAAUAAACACGGAAAAACUGAAUACAGAAGCCACCAGUUAAAGGGGUCGCAUGAUUUAAAAUCAUGUUGACAUGAAAGGGUGGUUGUUUUAAAAAAGUCAGGUUAGGUUUAUUGGUUCAGUGAUUUCUCAUAACACUUUAUUGGAUCAGUUGCGAUACUUUCUGAGAAAAUGUCAAUUAACGAUACGUUUAGGUAAGCCAUAUCCAUUUUAUUUGAAAAAGAAGCAAGCAGCAUUUAGUAAAUGCCGUCAGUUCAUUUAUUGAAUCCAAUAAGAGGAAAAGUAGUUAUUUUAUGAGUAAGAAAUUCUUAUCCACUUUAUUGUUUUCAUAAGACCACAAGGAAAUCAAGGGAAAGAAAAAGCAAGUCAUAGAUGCUUACCACCUGGGUCCCUACCAUCACGGACACCCUUGGGGUACGGUCUCACAGUGGCCGGGAUUUCAUUGGGGAGGACAUCCAUCACGCCAUGCAGGAUGGACUGGGUAUCCGUCCCUCGGAGGAUGGCACAAGUCUCACAUUUCCAAAAAGAGUUCCAAAAAGGCAACACAAAAAGCAUCUUUAAAGCGUCGCAUGCUACCAACAUUUGCCUUUCCAGCUUAUGGAUACGCUUACCCGUCUUUAGGAUUUGCUGCGGUGCCAUUUACGCCUUCACCUAUUCCCUGGGGCCACGCAUAUUAUCGUACCGAAGUCCCCGAGAAAUCUUCAACAGGGCAUACCAGAUCCUCCGUGAAACACACUGAAGCUAACAAGAGAUGGUGGCCGGGAUAUAUGGGGGGAUGGGGUGGAUGGGGAUUAGGAAAUGAGGGAUAUCCGGGCUGGGGCGCUUUAGGCGACUGGGGACGUGGUUAUGAUUUUGGAGGUUUCGGUCAUGGAUGGGGCAUGCUAGGUACUGGCCCUAGUUAUCAUCCUUUCCUGAGAGCUGAGAUUCCCCGAAAGCAAAGCAAAAAAGAUAAAGCGGAAAAACGUUGGUGGCCCGGCUACAUGGGUGGUUGGGGAGGUUGGGGACUCGGCAACAGUGGUUACCCUGGAUGGGGACCAUUAGGCGGUUUCUGGGGUCACGGAUGGGGUCCGUAUGCUUAUGGUCAUGGGUAUGGUUUAGGAAUUGGACGUGGUCAUGCUUUUCGCUCGGAUCUUCCUGGUAGAGACGAUAAAGAAGAACAGAGCCCAAAGCGACAACUCAUACAUGAACCAUUUGCAGGUACUGACUUUCCUUGGUCGGGUUAUGGAUCGUUUGCGGACUACCAAUAUCCCUAUUUCGGUCAUAGUCAGUACAUUCCUUAUCCUUUUGCACUAUAUGGGGAUUCAAUACCAUUUUAUGGGUUUGGCCCAUCUCCGGUCUUAGGAUAUGACUUCCCUAGAGACCAUGGGUUUUUUAAGUCAAAGAUUCCAGAAGGAAAAUCUAAAAAAAUGCAAAAAGAACUAAAAAAGGAAGAGAAAGCUACUGGUAGGCACUUUGUAAAUAAUUUUCAUCCAGGUCCAAUGGGAUGGGGAGGAGCACUAUACUCCGGUAAUGGUUACCACGCCGCCUUUCCCUUGUUAGGUGCUCAUACGUAUGGCCUGUAUGGUGCAGGGUUUUACGGACCAUAUGGUCCUCCUUAUGGGGCGUUUGGUCCUUACUCUAGAUCAGGCAUUCCUGGCAGUUCGAAGGAAAAUCCUCAGAGUAGGCAAGUGAUAAACUACAAUCCAGGAUGCUGUGGAUGGGGUGGAUGUGUCUACCCCGGUUGUGGUUAUAUUGGUGGAUGGACCUGGCCUCUUCCAUGCCAUUUCCGUCACUGUGGCUGUGGCUGCCCAUGCUGGACGCGAUCCAAAGCUCCCAGGAAGCAGUCACUGAAAGAAGAAAAAGGGAAGUCUAGACAGGACAUAGAAAGCCCAGUAGAAGAGGAAAGUGAAAAUGGUAAAGAAGAUCCGCGAACACGUCCACAUCUGGAAGGCGCCGACCUACUAAACUCAGAAAUGCAGAGCCUGGCUAUGGGAUUUCCAGGAAUUGAGAAGCUUCAAACACCUAUGGGAUCAUCAAGUAGCCAAGGAGUCCAAGGUUUUAACGAUCAGGAAAUAGAUGCGAAUGGAGAACACUCGUCCCCUGAACCAGCGGAGGCAAGUGAAAGUAUGGCUGGUAUGAACCCUUUCGAAGGAGCAAAUGCCCUCAGAGCAGCUGCGAUGGGCAGCAUGGGGGAGCAACAGGAUGGCCAACAGCAACCAGCCGAAGAUUUAAUGUCCACAUUCAGCACGAGUCCAUCAAAUGAGGGCGAAGCACCCGUUGAAGCCUUUGGUGAAACAGGUGAGCUAACGUGAGACGAAAUGUGCGAUUGUGGUCGGGUGAUACAUAUUUAAGAAUGACUGAGCUGGUUAACUUCCUUUUGAAAAAUUUUCAUAUCAUGCUUCAUUAAGGAAAUCCAAACAUGUAUCCUGCCGAAGCGGAGGAGCAAGCCACGGAAGCAGCCUCUCGAAGAGCUGAUAUUCCCGGUGAGAUGGAGAAAGAACUAAUCAAGAAGCAGGCUGUGGCAUAUCCAUACCACUACCUCUACCCUGGAUUUACGAUGGCUCACGGAGUCAAUCCAUUCUACCAUUACACCCCACUUAAUUAUGUAAGACACGCCUUUAUGACUUCUGUUUACUUUCGUAAAAGCACUCGCAUUAAAUUUUGGGUAAUUCACGAGGGAUAUGCGAGAAAUAACCCCAUAAACAUUGUUUUGCAGUCAUAUUAUAAUCCUAUGUUGCUCAAAGAAUGGACUGCUCCAUUCCCUAAUAGUAUAUAAACUUUGACCUUUUGCCUCAGAAAAGGCGACAGUAAUAGUUAUCCGUACGUUUUUCGUCAUAUAGCUGCUGCCUUAAUAUGAUGCCUUAAAAAGAGAAGACUAGAAUACAUUCCAUUUAAGACCUUGAACUUAUAUUUCAUUGGAAUACUGCCCACACAUGUUUCAUGCCCCAUACGAAGUUCCCAUAAGCCUUCGGGAGUACUUAAAAAAAAUCUGCCACUCCUCUGACUAAGUACGCCAGCAUUCAAACAUGGCUUGUUUUCUUGAUGUUUAUUCUGUACCUAGCCCCAACACGUGAUGGCUUACCCUUCCACAUAUCCAUUGGCCAAUACUUACGCGCCACUAUAUCCUGCGGCCCAUGCUGGUCUUAUCCCACAAGCACAAGAAUUGCCAUUACAUGAUCGUCCUUCUCAUUCCAUCCACGUUGGAGCCCCUAAUGUCAAUGUCGAUGUCCACACAACACGUGAGCAUGUUGCUCCCAGUCCCGAGAAAGUGGUAAGCUGUAACUUUUGUAAAUGAUGCAGUAGAUCGUUUUUUUCCAUUUUCUAAGUAGCUACAAUUUUUAUUAGGAUAGAGCUGAACGACUCUGAGAACGAUUAACAUUUGACAAAUAAUCGUAACUUUGUCAAAAACUGUUUUAUAUCCGUUUAAAGAACAACGUAGUCAGGUUUUCGUAGAGAAAUGUCACCAUUCUGUUUCAACUUUUACUUUCAGAAAAGUGGCAAGCUGAAACAAUUGUUUGGAGAGUUCUCGACGAAGUUAAAACCUAAGAGCAGACAUCACCAAUCAUCGCAUGGAAAGAAAGUUAUGAAAAGGCAGAUAUCGCCGUUAUUGUCUCCAAUCAUGAGCCGACCAAUGGGAUUGUCACCUCUUAGGUCCUCAACUAAAAUUACGUUAAAGUAGCUAUCAAUUUGAUAACGAAUCCAAUCAACUGCGUCAUCGAAAAUAGACAAAAAAAUACAAAUAAUCAAUAAAACUGAGAUGUUUCCAAUACAUAACCCAAUAGCAAAGUAAACCAAGAUGCAAUUCUUGAUGAGUUGUUACCACUUUGUUGCAUGAUCGACGUUCAUGAUAUUUUGUAGUAAAAUUAAAUUCCUUUGAAAUGCCUUUAAGUCUGAUAUUUUUAUAGAGAGCAGCACGUAAAAGUUUUCGAUUAGAGGCAUGUGUUUCGGCAAGCUUGAAAAAUUCGCAUGACACAUUCUUAAAUAAUUUCCAAUACCUUUUGACACAUAUUUUACAUUGCGAGAAAAGGAAUGCCGAAUGCCGUUUUGAGUCGAAAACCUUUACAAAGAGUACAAGUCGCGGAAGUAAACUUGCUCCUCUCAAUUCCCUAAAAAACAAUGGGCCAUUCCGUUCUGCGUCCUUGUCCUGAAUACUUUUUAAACGGCAAGCAGCUACCAUCCCUUUCUCAAGGCUUACGUACUGCAUGCAGCAUUCCAUUUCUCGCCGAAAUACGCAUGCUUUUUUGGGGUCAAACACUGGUGCACAUGAAAUAUCAGUGUUAUGAAAUCAUCAUCAAACAAUGAAAGAAGGACGCAUUUUACAUUCAUUAAUUUCCAGUAGAACAAAAAAAGCGUGGUAAAUAUUCAAACAAUGAUUGGCCACUUGCGUUUUCGGUUGCUAAAGAUGAGUACUUCGGUAUUCAACGUCAGUUUAACUUUAUACUUCAGUAAAAUUGAUAUGAAUAACUAAAUUUAAAUGAUCCAUUCCGGCUUUUUUUUUUCACAAAUCGCUCGGCACUGACCACAGAUGUUGAUUAGAAAUGACCGAUUUGAAUUGGCCAAGUUUUUACAUUAAAGAAUGAAUGUGCCUAAGAAGAAACUAAUUAGAGUUAAAAUAAUUGAAAGCCAUCGAUAUAUUUUAAUGGCAUAGUCUUCAAGCUGCACCAUUGUUUGACUCAAAAGUAUUUGAUCAAUCAUGAAUUAUUCCUCACCCGGAUCCUUUCAUUAUAGAUACCCAGUAUCCAAUCCGCAGCCGGGCCUCACAGGAGCAAGGUAGGUUGCUUUGCUACAGCGUCAAACCUAGCCUGUUUCUCUAUUUCAUGAUGCCCUUUGUUAGCUGGUAUCAAGAACUAAGAAACUACCAAUCACUUAAACCCACACGUCAUUCAUCUCCCAGACAACUGAAAUAUCAUCAUCACAAUCAAUCCGUCAGUCUUACAGCCAAUUAAUCAAUCGCCGCCUCGAUCAGUCAGCCAAUGAAACAUUUGAUAAAUUCCAUCGCUCAUUUGAUGAUUUAAUAAUUUAUUAAUGUUUAGAAGGACAAGAUAAAUUCAUGAAGAUAAUUUUGUCAGAAUGUUACAUGUGCUAUAAUCUUGCAUACAAAUACCUGUAAGUUUCCAAGUUUCCAGAAUGUUACUUGUGCUAUAAUCUUGUAUACAAAUACCUGUAAGUUUCCAAGUCAGUAUUUGCAUAUGUAAAACCUGAAUUUCUGAAGAAUUCGUAUGCGUUUUUACGAAAAACUUUAGUCAAGAUGAAACUCAUAGCUUAUUUUGAUGAGCCUCCCCCAUAUAUCAAAGACUGUUUUAUCCUUAACUGUUAAAGAGUUCUCUUAAUGACCAACACCAACGUAUAAUCAGUUAUUACUUUUAUUCGAAACUUUCUAUCCCUUUCUUCUCUUUCUCUUCGUCUUUGGGAUAGUUGAUACGAUAUCUUAAAAAGAAUACAAUUCAUUACAGAUAACAGUAAAAUGCAGCUUAAUAAUUUCUGUGGAUCAUUAUUUCAUUCAAAGUACCUCUAUUGAAAGGAAAACAGUCUUUUAGUAUUAAUUUUUAAUACUGUAUUCUAUAGGAUGUUUCCGUCUUUACAACCAGCACAACCAUUCGACAUCAGGGCCAUGAGUCGCUCUGGCCUACCUGCAAUGUCGUCACCAGCCAUGGGUAUGUCUCCAUUGGGUUUUUCAGCCCCUAGAGCUCCUCAGAUGCGCUCUGCUUUGACGCCGUCUCAAAUGGCCUUUUCUCGACAACUGUCAAGUGUUACUGGCAUCAGCAUUCCAAUUGCUGCACAGCCUGGAAUGGGAAUAGUAGGUAAGUUAAAUGCAUAUGGAUGGGUUAUAUUCAACACCAAGCUACCAGAAAAAAAAAAUCGUCUUCAAUUUACAUAGAAGGCCAACGGACUCAGUGGCUGUCGAGCAGAAGGGUAGACACCAAGAGUUUAAUGGGCAUAGACUAAGAACUUUAUGGAUAAACUGAUUAAAAUUUUUCUUCUCUCGACAGGGAUGGCUUCAAGGAAGAAACGAUCACCGUCAAAGAAACCUUCGAAGAAGAAAGAUAAAACCACAAAAAGACAAUUUUUGGCGGCUAUGCCUCAAACACUCUCCUCUGGAGGCUUGCCAUGGUUGAGUUCACCAGAAUCACCGUUUUCAGGUGCUGCUUUUCCAUCAUUGCCUUUUGCACAGCCUCAACAACCGUUGAGUUUUAAGCAACCCAUGAUGCCAGCCAUUCGCUCCAGGAUGGCUCCUACUGGUCUAACAGCAUUGAGAAUGGCAGGCUUUCAGGCGAAUCGUAUGCCAAUGAUGUUAUCACCCUUCAGCGGCUUCCCAUCUCCCCAAAAUAACCCUUUCUUCAAGGUACCUCAAUUUCAGAGCGCUAAUUUUUUCAGUGGUUCACCAAAUGGUCCUUGGGCUCCAAGUGCUCCAAUGAGAGAACCCAUGUCAGAAAUGCCAAAUGCUCCGAUGAGAGAACCUAUAUCCGAAACGCCAGGUAUGGGUGAAAAGAUGUCAAUGAAAGAUAUGGCUUUACUUACGUGUUAACCACUACGAAUUGCUAAUUUUUUAUCAUUUGGUUCAGAGAUUUAAACAAAUUUGGUAUCAUUUGGAUGUUAUAUUUAAACAAAUGGUUCAAAAUUGGUUCAAGUUUCUAUUUCUUACUGCCAAUAUUGAUACCUAAAGCUGGUGUGAAUCCAUCCUUCCCUGUUGACUAACAGCGCGUCUGACCGUUAAGGUUCGUUACCUCUCGACAUCUCGCAUAAACAGAAACAUUUUAGCGAAGCUUAUAAGGGGAAGGUAAAGCAACGUAAUGAAAAUUUGUCCUUAGAAAAAUAAAAUAUGAUCUAUCCAAUAGAACGUAAUUUAGAGUUCUUUCGGUAAAAAGAUAAUUUCGCGGCAGUUAAAUCAUUUUAAAUCAAAAUUAGCGGCUAAAUUCAGUUCGUUUAAAUUCACUCAGCAGCGAGACCCUAUCUCGAAACAAAAAUCUGAAAUUCUGGGAAAAUAUAUUUCCGAAACCGUCCCCAAAAGCUGUUUAACGGGAUUUUCCCAUAACAUUAGCCUAUAACAACGACUGCCAUUCCACGCCCACCAUUUAAAACUUCAAUCUUUUGGUCAACAAAAUUGAAUUGGUUCGACUGCGAAGAGGGAAAGUUGGUUUUUGAGCGCUUUGAUUUUAGUUGGUAGGCGUCUCGGUAAUCUGUUUCCAGCCACCUUCGGCUAUGUUACUGAGUCACGACACAAAUCAUUAAGGCUAAGAUGGUUUUCUCUGUGAUUGGCACAGGCUUUUCACAGCUUGCAGAGCGAAGGCCAGAGCCCAUGAUACCAGAAACGCAGCAAAUGAACGGAGGUACUGAAAUAUUUUUUUUUAUAAGUGGAGACUCUCUCGCCAACACCUUGUUACGUAAUACUUGUGUGAAGUGGCUGAUCGAGUUUUGUUGCUCAUGUUUUAGAGAACAAAUAUUAAAAUGAUCAUGGUAACUCCAGCAAUCCAGAUAACGUAAUAAUAAUCAUAUAAUUAAGAACAAAAGUCGAACUAUUGUAGGAUGCAUACACCACUUUAGCUUAUUCUAAUUGAAACAUGCUGAGAAUCAGGCAGUUACCGCCAAAAUCACAGCCAAGAUACAUAUAGGGACAUUUUGAGAACAUUAUGAGUCACCCCUUAGCAAAUUCGCACCUUACUCGGUUUUCGUGUCAUUAUUAUCGUUAAUACCAUCAUCAUCAUCAUCGUUAUCAUUAUUCUUAUCAUUAUCACUAUCGUCAUUACUAUUAUCAUAAUUAUCACUUUUAUCACCAUUAUUUGUUCUUGUGCCUAAUUCUUGAGCCAAUACUGUGUUUCAAAUUCAGUGAAAAGUUGUUUAGUUUACUUUACCCCUUAAUCUUAAUUGUGGUUUUUUUUUUUCUACAGAGCAAUUUGCAGGUUUUAAUCCAUCUAGCUUCGGUCUCAGUGAGCCACAACAACCGGCCAUGUUUUCCCAAGAGGGACCCGGAUCAGAAGGGCCGCAACUUCCUAUGGUGCCUCAGAAAGAGAUGGCAUCAUUUUUCCAAGUCCCUGGAGAGGGAGCAAUGACGGAAUCGCCUACUGUAAGAGAGUGGUGUAUACCUUAACUUUACCACAGCCUAGAAAACCUGUGUCAACUCGAGCUAGAAAUGUCAACUGGAUACAGAAUUUUAUGAAAUUCUUGGCAAACAAAGACUUGUUAAAAGCAAAGCGCAAAUAUGAAACCUUGUAUACAAGUUUUCCCCGUCUUUCCAACACUCUCAGUCAUGCCAGUGGUUUUGGUAUCAAAUUUUAAACCUACAGGCCAGGAAUCGUUAGAUUUCUUGUUAAUGGCUCCUAGUUAACUCUUAAAGAUGUCCACUAGAUCUUUAAGUCAGAUUUUACUAAGAUCCUUGAUGGCGUUUUUAAGAAGUCAUAAUUUACCUUUACUACAUCCAUUUUGAAAUCACUGGUGAUCCUUGUAAUCUGAUUGGCUUUCAUUGGUGCUAUUAAUCAACGAAUCGCACCAUUUUUUGCUCUGAAUCGCAUCUAUUUCCCAGCCAAUGAGUACCCUUUACUAAAAUACAACAACAAAUUGCAGGUUUAGAGAAACAAAUCAAAUCACAGGAAAAGGAAAAAAAUGGCAACUUUCUAAAAACCAGCUUACUACUGGAUCAGCAAAGCACUUGUUACGACCAAAAAAUCCUAUAUCUGAGCGACUAAAUUUGGCGAUUUCAAAAUGGAUGUAACAAAACGGUAUCUCAACUUCGUGUUGUGCGAUUUUUGUCUGAAAUCAUAGUUACUUGUGAUUUGAAAUCACGCAUGUGAUUUCAGACCAAAUUGCACUACACUUAGUCAAUUAACACUAAAUCGAUAGCACCAUACCCUUAUAACAUUUUUUUAAAGUAUAUUUCAAGUUUCUGCCCAAUAUUGUAGCUUUUAUAUUUAUAUUGUACGACAGCCUCCGGUUGCGAUUUAUACGUUCAUUUAAUAUCUUGCAACUGAUUUCUCCUAUCUAUCCAACCUCUGUAUCUAGAUGGUUUGCAGCGUGAAUAUUGUGGAUGUUCUCUGUCGUAAUAUUAAACCUCUCUCACUUGCACCAUUUCAUUUCAUUUAUUUCCAGUUCAACAUACAACCUGGUCUUGCUGCUUUGAAGAAAUCUUCUGUUCCAGACAAAAAGAAUAUCAAAGGAAAAUCUUCCAAAUCUCGGAGACAAAUUACUUUAUAAACAGGUGAUAUUUCAUUGUUGAUACAUAACGUUUGACCAGUGGCUGGUGGGAAGAGCAGUUUGUGCAUGGACGAUCCCGAUUUAAUUCUUUUAAACCCUAAGAGUGACCAGAAUCUAAUUUCUCCUUACACUAAUUACUCAUGAGGUGUCAUUAAGGUCGUGAAAAUAAAGGGAAUGAUCGCCAACAUAAGAAGCUUUGGUUAAUAAAACAAUUCUCCUUGUCAGCACCAAAGUAAAUAAUGGAGAGGAGUACGAAGAAUAUGGAUACUGAUGUUAGGGUUUAAAGUGUUAGCAUUAUUAAGGACUACACUGUCACUUCAAACAUAUACAAGAGGGGUUUCUCGUAUCCUGAAAAAAAUUACGAACUGUGUUUUUAUUAUAUCAUUUGCAAGAAGUUGUCAUAAGCUUAUAUUAUUCAAACGUGUUGUGAGUAUGAGCAUAAAAAGAUAAAGAUAUAUAUCAUGUCUCACGAUAAAUUAUUCCGCUUAGUCGAGCUCGAUGCAACUCAGUUAACUCAGAUAACAAUUUUCGUGUUCAGGCCCAAGACCAGAAUUUCUACAUAAACAUGCAAUUUAAGGAAGACGUUGUCACCACCUAUCUUACGUGUAGCCGUACCCUUCCGAUUAUCCUUGAAGGGCGUGGUACGGCUACACGUAGGCUAGUCACAACUAAGGUCAUGUUUGACUCAAUUUUAUUUCCUUACAUGUCACUGAUCUCUCUUCCUUUCUGAUUUCAUUAAAGAUAAAUCAAAGAGGUCACAUAAUUUCACGGAAGCUCAUUGUUGCUGCUGUGGGUAGUAAAGAUCAGAGAGAUGGAGAUCCCGUGAUAACUUUUUGUGGAUAAGACUGAAACUUGAUUUUCGUUUAUCUAAUUAUUCGGCAGUUCUUAGUUACGUAGUGGCAGAGGUUUUCAACAUGCAAGGAACCCUGAAAUGGUGAUCUAUAUCUACGGUUGCGAUUAUCGCCGCCAACUGCCUUCCCUCCAAAGUCUAAAUACACAGACGAAAUUAUAACCUUCUUCGCGAGACAGUGAACAUUUUUAGGUUCUGAUUUUCUACUGAAAGAUUAGAACAUAUUAACAGGUCAAAAAAAUUUUUAGUUUUAUGUUUAGGUAGUUGAAUAGUGCCGAUGGUAGAUCAUAAAAUUAUCUUAAUGUUUUCCUGGGCAAUUUUGAAGAAAACACAAAAUAAACUAAAAGCUAUGAUUUUCUGACUGCUCUAUAAUAAGCUUCAACAAAUUUUUGUGUGGAAAAGCACCCUUCCUGGAUCAAAACUCUGAGUAAACUGUCCUAUUGCACCAUCUAAUUUACAAGCAUGACCCGGACGCUGUCCCAUAAAAUCGGGCUGGUGAUAGCCAAUCACAGUUUAGGAUUUUGUCACAAUCCUACUCGCUUGUAAAAGAUGGAAAGAAACCGGACAACUACCACAUAGCAGCAGAUGGUUUGCCAUGAUUAUUUAUGGCCAUGAUUAUUUAUGCCAGUUUAUGUGGAAUUAUGGGCCUUAAUUUCACGUAACAAAUGCUUGUGUGGGAUUAUUUGCUAGUGGCGUGUUACAUUCAAACAUAAUGUGCGGGAAUGUUUCGUUAGGAAUAUCUUAAGGUGUUCUUCCAACAGUUGGAAUAAAACAUGGUUUAUUAAGUGUGGAGGAGAUUUUCCCUUGAUUCCUCUGACAUGUUCACG